AAUGCUUCCCAGCGGACAUUUGAGAUCGACUACAGCAGGGACCGCUUCCUCAAGGACGGGCAGCCUUUUCGCUACAUCUCAGGAAGUAUCCACUACUCCCGGGUGCCCCGCUUCUACUGGGCAGACCGUCUGCUGAAGAUGAAGAUGGCCGGCCUGAAUGCUAUCCAGACAUAUGUGCCCUGGAACUUCCAUGAGCCCCAUCCAGGACACUAUGAGUUUUCUGAGGACCGUGACGUGGAGUAUUUCCUUCAGCUUGCUCAUAAGCUGGGACUGCUGGUCAUCCUGAGGCCCGGGCCCUACAUCUGUGCUGAGUGGGACAUGGGGGGAUUACCUGCUUGGUUAUUAGAGAAACAGUCUAUUGUUCUCCGCUCUUCUGACCCAGAUUACCUUGCCGCUGUGGAUAGGUGGCUGGGAGUCCUUCUGCCUAAGAUGAAGCCUCUCCUCUAUCAAAAUGGAGGGCCGAUUAUUACUGUGCAGGUUGAAAAUGAAUAUGGCUCCUACUUUGCCUGUGACUAUAACUACCUGCGUUUCCUGCAGACGCGCUUCCGUUACCAUCUGGGUGACGAUGUACUUCUGUUCACCACUGAUGGGGCGAAAGAAGAAUUUCUGCGGUGCGGGACCCUGCAAGGCCUUUAUGCCACAGUGGACUUUGGAGUAGGCGGCAACAUCACAGAAGCUUUCCUGGUCCAGAGAAAAGCUGAGCCAAAAGGACCCUUGAUCAAUUCUGAAUUCUAUACCGGCUGGUUAGACCACUGGGGCGAACAGCACUGGACAGUCAAGACGGAGGCUGUGGUUUCCUCCCUCUCUGAUAUGCUCGCCCGCGGGGCAAAUGUAAACAUGUACAUGUUUAUGGGUGGGACCAACUUUGCCUAUUGGAAUGGGGCCAACACACCCUAUGCAGCACAGCCCACCAGCUAUGACUAUGAUGCCCCACUGAGCGAGGCAGGGGACCUCACUGAGAAGUAUUUUGCUGUACGAAAGGUUAUCCAGAAGUUUGAAAAAGUACCAGAGGGUAUUAUCCCUCCAUCUACACCAAAGUUUGCAUAUGGAAAAGUCGCUCUGAGAAAGUUGAAGACAGUGGAGGGAGCUCUGAACAUCCUGUGUUCCAGAGGGUCCACAAAAAGCCUUUAUCCCUUGACAUUUAUCCAGGUGAAACAGUAUUUUGGGUUUGUGCUGUACCGAACAACACUUCCUGAAGAUUAUGGCAACUCAACACGCCUCUCUUCUCUCCCCUUCAAUGGAGUCCACGAUCGGGCCUAUGUCGCCAUAGACGGGGUCCCCCAAGGAGUCCUUGAGCGAAGCCAUGUGUUGUCUCUGAAUAUACAAGGGAAAGCUGGAGCCAAUCUGGACCUUCUGGUGGAGAACAUGGGGCGUGUGAACUAUGGCAGAUUUAUCAAUGAUUCCAAGGGCUUGGUGUCUAACAUGACCCUUGGCUCUCAUAUCCUUACCAACUGGACAAUCUUCCCCCUGGACACAGAGGAGGCCGUGCGCAGCCACCUGGGGAGCUGGGCUGGCUGUGAUGCUGGCGGCUGUGAUGCUGGCCACCAGGACAAGCACUGUGCUCCCGGCCCAUCUAACUACACACUUCCGGCCUUCUAUGUGGGCAACUUCUCCAUUCCCAGUGAGAUCCCAGACCUGCCCCAGGACACCUUCAUCCAGUUCCCCGGCUGGACCAAGGGUCAGGUGUGGAUUAACGGCUUUAACCUUGGCCGCUACUGGCCAGCGCGGGGUCCCCAGAUGACCUUGUUUGUGCCAAAGCACAUCCUGACGACCUCAGCCCCGAACAACAUCACAGUGCUGGAGCUGGAGCGUGCACCCUGCGGCAGCUGCGGCCCUGAGCUGUGUGCCGUGGAGCUGGUGGACCAGCCGGUCAUCGGUGCACCCGUGACCCAUACCCCUCGACCUGGUUCCUCACACCUCAUGGCUGAACAACGUGGGAUGACUGACCCUUCAGGGUUCUAGCCCUGCACACCCUCCCCGGCCCUUCUUGUCACGCCAGCAUUCGCUGGAGAGCUGCACUGGAGAGUGAGUUAGGGAGUGUGUUUCUACCCAAGAGUACUGCGGCCCUGCUGUGCCCCCCACCAGGGCCCAUCCUAGGUGGGUAAGGGAGGGGUGCCACUGUCAUGCACAGGAGAAGCUGUACAAUUGGAAUAGGAGCUGGAAAGGUGUUCCUGAUUUUGAUUUGGAGGAAUCAUGUCUUUGUAAAAUAAAAUUUGUACUCAAA